AUGGAUGUACUCGGAGCAGGCUCUAGGAGUUCCGAUCACCCAACUGUUGCGAUACGGCUCGCUCUAUUCACUUUCUCGCUUUUCAUCGUUACUGGCACUUCACUCUUGGUGAAUGUUACUGUCGAUGAUACUUUCGGGGACCCAACGACCGGAUUCAUCCCCCAGUAUCUACCCGACGAACAUUCGGGAACUAUCGGGGCUUGGCAUUCUGGCAAUUCUUCUGAGACGGACGACUGGUCGACCUCCCAUUGGACCCCAGGCGUCCUCGAUGUCUUCGAGAUAUAUAAUCAAACCUGGCACGACUCAACUCCACAAAAUGGGCCCGCCCAGGUUGUCGUCAACUUCACAGGGACUGCGGUCUAUGUGUACAAUGUUGUCCCGAACACUGUCACCAAGACCACGACAAAGACAAACAUGACUUUCUCUAUCGAUGGCAAAGUGCUCGACAACUUCACACACCCUCCCGAUGAAACCGGAAUCAUUCUGUAUAAUCAGCUAGUAUUCUCCAUCACCGAACUGCCACCCAGCCCUCACACACUCGUCAUCUCCGCUGAAGGUGAAGGCCAAUCGUUCAUUUGCUUCGAUUACCUGCUCUACACGACCGAUGCGGACAAAGCAGCAUCCGAAACUCAGUCGUCCAAGUACUCUACCUCCUCCACUACUACCUCCACAGUAUUCGUCACUACCACCAUGUCCCCCUCUUCAAGGGCGCCCCUCGAUACGGUGCUCGGAGCGGUAUUCGGAGGUGUUAUGGUCCUCAUCGGGAUAGCACUAGGAGUGUAUUUCCUCCUACGCAGGCGCUCUCGCUAUCUCUUCUCGAUCACGAAUCCAACACCAUUCAACCCACACCAUGAAUCAGAGCGGAGCGACUAUGGAGCCCAAGACGGCGCUAGACCAUCCUCACCUAUGACAUCCGCCCUCACCGGCACCUCGACUGAAGCACUCAUGAAUCGAUGUAUACACUAUCCUGCAACGCGACCGGAUGUGCCUACCUCCGAUGCUCCGGGGACAUCAGAGUGGAAGGGUUCUCAGCAGGAGAGCUCCAUGUACGGAGUGCCGAAGGCCCGCACUAUCUCCUGGGACGCUAGCGCAGCGGGUACUGAGACGGUAUUUGGGGCACUGGAGACGGAGGUUGCUGCACUUGGCAGGGAGCUUUCAGGAUUUCAGAUGGAUGCGAAGGGGGAAACGACUACAAGGUAG